AUGAAUAAAAUGUACGACGCUGCUCCCAAAUGGCGCUCCACUAGUAGCCGAACUCAGCUUUUCGCGGAGGACACUGUAGCGUUUAAACCCGAAGUUAAUCAAACUUGUGACUUUGAUCUCGUGAGUAAGGAACCGCUACGGCAAUUCGAAGUAAUAGUCAUUGAGAUAGAGAAGAUAAGGAUCCCUAGUACUCUUGGCUUCGUAAAGAUUGAAAUUGAUUUAUUCAUGUGGGCAUUCAGCCAUGAUAAUUUACUUACCGCGCCACAACCCAGCUGCGGCGAAUAUUCAAUUUCAUUUUCUUCAAAUGCUGACGCUAUGUUCAAUUUCAUUUCUCAGUGGUGCGUUGACCGAACUAUAUAUGAGAAGUUAUAUGAGUCCGAUGUAUUAAAUAUUUUGCAUCGACACAUAUGGGACUAUGUUCCAAAAUUGUAUUUUCCUAUAGAUACUGAUAAAUAUGACGUCUCCAGUCUACCAGGUGACCGUGUAGCUAUAUUCUACAUGGUAUGCGACAACUUUCAGACAUACUCCAAUGGCCUUGGAUUCUUAAUUACUAAAAAUGUUAUUCUAAUGACACUGUUUGAUAUUUCACCGGAGAGACCAAUAUAUCUGCAUUUGCGCAUGAACAGGCCACUGAUUCAAUUUCGGACGCUUUCGUUAUGUACCGUACCAUCACUACAGGGGUUAUGCCGAGAAGCAAUUUUGCAACACAUUAAGAGGAAGAACAAAGGAUUGACGGAGGCGUCUGCAAAGAACUUGCACUUACCGAAGAUUCUGACUGAAGAAUUGAUAAAUCACGAACAACACGUAGAAUUCACUUAUGUUACCUCUUCUUCUCACCUCAUUUGUUAA